AUGCGCGUUUGUGUGCCCCUCCUUGCGCUAGUCACACCGCGGUACGUGCCCAGACACCUUCCGUCGACGAGCAGUCCAGGUUCAUGUCCAGUCUUUCCCAUUGACUUUUGGUUGGUUGGCAGUUGGGUCUUGCCUGUUGAAGCUUUUCGGCCCAAGCUUCCGCCGCAUUCCGUCCAGCACCGACCCUUGGACCCAAUUGGACCACUGGACCUGCCCGGGGAUGUUUGGCAACUGCACCUCACUCUAUCCGUUCUUUUAACCACAUGGUAA